AUGCCAUCCGGACUCCUCAUCGCGCAACUCGCCGUCUACACCCCACUGACACUUCCAACCCUCUACCUUCUCUUCUGCUACGGCCGCCACGGCCCCCUCGCCUGGUUCUACUACCUCGCCUUCUGCGUUCUUCGCGUAACCGGUGCCGCCAUGGGCCUCCACGACCCGCAUAACACCGGCGCCCAGAUAAUCUCCGGUAUCGAGCUUUCGCAGCUACUGCUUUCGAUAGACGGGGUGUUGCAUGAGGCGAGAAUCUACUGGUUAUCGCCCAGCAAACGAACCGAAUGGACGUUCAUGGCGCUCAUCCAUGUCCUCGUGGCGACGGGGGUGGCAAUGGUCGGGGCUGAUGCUGGCGGGCUUCGGGGCGAUACACCGAAGCCCAGUGAUCUCUCCAAUAUCAAGGUCGGUAUGGUGCUGCUGGAGGCUGCGUGGGGCAUGCUCGCUUUGUUGGGGCUGUGGACUCUUUGGAAUGGAAGGGGUGCACCAGCAGGCUUGGCCAGGAGGGAGGGGUGGUUGCUCGCUCGUGCCGGUAAGGUCAAGGCCGCCACUCCCAAGGUCGACAAGCAGGAGAAGGCCAAGCAGCCCAAGGGCCGUGCCUACAAGCGUGUCGUCUACACCCGCCGCUUCGUCAACGUCACCCUCACCGGUGGCAAGCGCAAGGUAUGA